AUGCAGCGCCUGAGCAUGACCAUGGCAGAAUCACUGGGCCUCGUUACCAUCUGUCUUUUAGGAUAUCUACUCAGUGCUGACUGUACAGUUUUUCUUGAUCAUGAAAAUGCCACCAAAAUUCUGAACCGGCCAAAGAGGUAUAAUUCAGGUAAACUGGAGGAGUUUGUUCAAGGGAAUCUUGAAAGAGAAUGUAUAGAAGAAAAGUGCAGUUUUGAAGAAGCACGAGAAGUUUUUGAAAACACAGAAAAAACUACUGAGUUUUGGAAGCAGUAUGUUGAUGGAGACCAGUGUGAGUCCAAUCCAUGUUUAAAUGGCGGCAUGUGCAAGGAUGACAUUAAUUCCUAUGAAUGUUGGUGUCUAGCUGGAUUUGAAGGAAAGAACUGUGAAUUAGAUGCAAGAUGCAGCAUUAAGAAUGGCAGGUGCAAGCAGUUUUGUAAAACAGGUGCUGACGGCAAGGUGGUUUGUUCCUGUACUACAGGAUACCGACUUGCAGAAGACCAAAAGUCCUGUGAACCAGCAGUGCCAUUUCCAUGUGGAAGAGUUUCGGUCUCACUCACUUCUGAGACACUCACCCGUGCUGAGAUUAUUUUUUCCAAUAUAGACUAUGAAAAUUCUACUGAAGCUGAGAAAAUUUUGGAUAAUGCCACUCAAAGCACUUCAUCAUAUAACGACGUCACUCGGGUUGUUGGUGGAAAAGACGCCAAACCAGGUCAAUUCCCCUGGCAGGUCCUUUUGAAUAAUGGAGUUGAUGCAUUCUGUGGUGGCGCCAUCAUUAAUGAAAAAUGGGUCGUAACUGCAGCCCACUGUAUCGAACCUGGUGUUAAAAUUACAGUUGUUGCAGGUGAACAUAACAUUGAGGAGACGGAACACACCGAACAAAAGCGAGAUGUGAUUCGAGCUAUUCCUUACCACAGCUACAAUGCAACCAUUAACAAGUACAACCAUGACAUUGCCCUUCUGGAACUGGACAAACCCUUAACGCUGAACAGCUAUGUAACACCAAUUUGUGUGGCAGAUAGGGAAUACACAAAUAUCUUCCUCAAAUUUGGAUCUGGCUAUGUGAGUGGCUGGGGGAAAGUCUUCAACAGAGGGAGAUCAGCUUCGAUUCUUCAGUACCUCAGAAUCCCACUUGUUGACCGAGCCAUGUGCCUUCGGUCCACAAAGUUUACCAUUUAUAAUAACAUGUUCUGUGCCGGCUACCAGGAGGGAGGGAAAGAUUCAUGCCAAGGAGAUAGCGGAGGACCCCACGUUACUGAAGUGGAAGGGAUCAGUUUCUUAACUGGGAUUAUUAGCUGGGGUGAAGAGUGUGCAGUGAAAGGCAAAUAUGGAAUAUAUACCAAGGUAUCCAGAUAUGUCAACUGGAUUAAAGAAAAAACAAAGUUCACUUAAACACUUAUUUCCAAGGCUGGCUUCUUAUUUGGAAGUGAAAAUGGACAGGGUCUCUUACUAACUAAUCAUUUCCCCAUCUCGUUAGAUUUAAAUAUAUACAUUCUAAGAAUACUGCCUUUUGUCCUCACAGGAGAGUAUUCUGUCUAGAAUACAUAUUUCACUAGAAUAAGUAGAUUAGAAAAUGUGAUUGCUAGUGAAGUAGACGGUGGUAGGAAAUCAUGACCAUACCUAUAGGUCUAGCCCUUGACAAGAUUGUAAGAUUAAGUUCCCCACCCUGCCCAUCAGGCACUAUGGCAU